GCUUCCCGAGGCUCGGGUCACCUGUGGACGCGUUCUUAUGGGUCCAGAUACAGCUAGUGACACCUGAGCCACUCAAGGCAGGAAGAACUCUGAGCUGAGCAGUGGAGGCCUCUCUGGAUCUGGAGAGAAGAGGUCACCUUGGAACCAGUAAUGAGCCAUCCUGACUGCAGGCUGAACCUCCGGCCCCUGGGGACCCCCAGAGGUGUGUCCUCUGUGGUUGGCCCACAUGGUGUUGGUGCUUCGCCAGGUGACAAAAAGGCAAAGAGCAAGUCCGUACGAGGGAAGAAAAAGAGCAUAUUUGAAACCUACAUGUCCAAGGAGGAUGUUUCAGAAGGCUUGAAGAGAGGAACACUUAUUCAGGGUGUAUUGAGAAUUAAUCCAAAGAAGUUUCAUGAAGCCUUCAUUCCUUCCCCGGAUGGUGAUCGAGACAUUUUUAUUGAUGGUGUUGUUGCUCGUAAUAGAGCCUUGAAUGGGGAUCUGGUGGUCGUGAAGCUGCUUCCAGAAGAGCAGUGGAAGGUAAUUAAACCAGAGAGCAAUGACAAAGAAACAGAAGGUACCGAUGAAUUAGAUCUCCCUGAAGAGCUCUGUGGAAGCCAUCUCCCGCAGCAGUCCGUGAAAGGCUAUAAUGACAGUCCUGAUGUCAUUAUAGAGGCUCAGUUUGAUGACAGCGACUCAGAAGAUGGACAUGGCAACACACAGAAUGUUCUGGUUGAUGGUGUUCAGAAACUCUCAGUUUGUGUUCAUGACAAAGGAAAAGAAGAUGCCGAUGCCCCCGUCACAAAAGAUGAGAGCACCUCCAUGUCACAGGACACAAGAGUUUUAUCAGAGAAGUCUCUGCAAAGAUCAGCAAAGGUGGUUUACAUCUUGGACAAAAAACAUUCCCGAGCAGCAACGGGCUUUCUCAAACUCUUGGCUGAUAAGAACAGUGAACUGUUUAGGAAAUAUGCCCUGUUUUCUCCCUCGGACCACCGAGUGCCUAGAAUUUAUGUGCCUCUCAAGGAUUGUCCCCAGGACUUUGUGACCCGGCCUAAAGAUUAUGCCAACACACUGUUCAUCUGCCGCAUCGUGGACUGGAAGGAGGACAGCAAUUUUGCCCUGGGGCAUCUGGCUAAGAGUCUUGGGCAGGCUGGUGAAAUUGAGCCUGAAACAGAAGGAAUACUAACAGAGUAUGGUGUGGAUUUCUCUGAUUUUUCUUCAGAAGUUCUAGACUGUCUCCCUCAAGGUCUGCCCUGGACAAUCCCACCAGAGGAAUUCGGCAAGAGAAGAGAUUUAAGGAAAGACUGUAUCUUCACCAUUGACCCAUCUACUGCCCGCGACCUCGAUGAUGCCCUCUCCUGCAAGCCGCUUGCCGACGGCAACUUCGAGGUGGGGGUUCACAUUGCUGACGUCAGUUACUUUGUUCCUGAGGGAUCCCCUCUGGAUAAAGUAGCUGCUGAGAGAGCCACGAGUGUCUACUUGGUUCAGAAGGUUGUCCCCAUGCUUCCCAGGCUGCUGUGUGAAGAGCUGUGCAGCCUCCAUCCCAUGACAGACAAGCUGACCUUCUCUGUGAUCUGGACACUCACCCCAGAGGGCAAGAUCCUUGGUGAAUGGUUUGGUCGGACCAUCAUUCGCUCCUGCACCAAGCUGAGCUACGAGCACGCACAGAGCAUGAUUGAAAGCCCGACUAAGAAAAUCCCUGAGAAGGAGCUGCCCCCCAUCUCCCCGGAGCACACCAGCGAGGAGGUACACCAGGCCGUCUUGAAUCUCCACGGAAUUGCAAAGGAGUUACGCAAACAGCGGUUUGUGGACGGCGCGCUGCGUUUGGAUCAACUAAAACUUGCUUUCACUCUGGAUCACGAGACUGGAUUGCCUCAAGGAUGUCACAUCUACGAGUACCGUGACAGCAACAAGCUCGUGGAGGAGUUCAUGCUCUUGGCCAACAUGGCAGUGGCCCACAAGACCUACCGCGCCUUCCCUGAGCGCGCCCUGCUGCGCCGGCACCCCCCGCCCCAGACCAAGAUGCUCAAUGACCUCAUGGAAUUCUGUGACCAGAUGGGGCUGCCCAUGGACUUCAGCUCUGCCGGAGCCCUCAACAAAAGUCUGACCAAAACAUUUGGAGAUGACAAGUACUCACUGGCCCGGAAGGAGGUGCUCACCAACAUGUGCUCCCGGCCCAUGCAGAUGGCACUGUACUUCUGCUCGGGGACGCUGCGGGACCAGGCACAGUUCCGGCACUAUGCCCUCAACGUACCACUCUACACCCACUUCACCUCCCCCAUCCGCCGCUUUGCUGACGUCCUGGUGCACCGCCUCCUGGCCGCCACUCUUGGCUACAGGGAGCUGCCGGACCUGGAACCCGACGCCCUGCAAAAGCAGGCCGACCACUGCAAUGACCGCCGCAUGGCAUCCAAGCGCGUACAGGAGCUCAGCACCGGCCUCUUCUUUGCCAUCCUCGUGAAGGAAAGUGGCCCCCUGGAGUCAGAAGCCAUGGUGCUAGGCGUCCUGAACCAAGCCUUCGACGUGCUGGUGCUGCGCUACGGGGUGCAGAAGCGUGUCUACUGUAAUGCGCUGCCCCUGCGGUCCCACCACUUCCAAAGGGUGGGCAAGAAGCCGGAGCUCACGCUUGUCUGGGAGCCUGAGGACCUAGAGCAGGAGCCGGUGCAGCAGGUCGUCACCAUCUUCAGCCUGGUGGAAGUGGUACUGCGGGCGGAGACCUCGGCCCUCAAGUACAGUGCCAUCCUGAAGCGGCCGGGCCCCGAGGGCCUCCCGGGCCCGCGGGACGAGGAGGAAGCGUGA